AGAUGCUGGAGGGCAAGCCGCUGGCCGACAAGAUGCGUCCCGACACGCUGCAGGACUACAUCGGGCAGAGCAGGGCCGUGGGGCAGGAGACGCUGCUCCGCUCGCUCCUGGAGACCAACGAAAUCCCCUCGCUCAUCCUGUGGGGGCCGCCAGGCUGCGGUAAGACCACUCUGGCUCACAUCAUUGCCAACAACAGCAAGAAACAUAGCAUAAGGUUUGUGACAUUGUCUGCAACAAAUGCCAAGACAAAUGAUGUGCGAGAUGUCAUAAAACAAGCUCAAAAUGAAAAGAGCUUUUUCAAAAGGAAAACCAUCCUUUUUAUUGAUGAGAUUCAUCGGUUCAAUAAAUCUCAGCAGGACACUUUCCUUCCUCACGUGGAAUGUGGGACGAUCACUCUAAUUGGAGCAACCACUGAAAACCCUUCCUUCCAGGUCAAUGCUGCUCUCCUGAGCCGCUGUCGGGUAAUUGUUCUUGAGAAGCUUCCAGUAGAGGCAAUGGUGACUAUUUUAAUGCGAGCGAUCAACUCACUGGGAAUCCACGUCCUGGACUCCAGCCGUCCCACUGAUUCUUUGAGCCACAGUAGCAACAGCAGCUCUGAGCCCUCCGUGUUCAUAGAGGAUAAAGCAGUAGACACUCUGGCUUACCUCAGUGAUGGGGAUGCCCGAGCUGGGUUGAAUGGACUGCAGCUGGCAGUGCUGGCCAGGUUAAGCUCUAGGAAGAUGUUCUGUAAGAAGAGUGGACAAACCUAUUCUCCCAGUAGAGUUCUCAUCACUGAGAAUGAUGUGAAGGAAGGCCUCCAGCGAUCCCACAUUUUAUAUGACCGAGCAGGAGAAGAACAUUACAACUGCAUCUCCGCCCUGCACAAGUCCAUGCGGGGCUCGGACCAGAACGCCUCCCUCUACUGGUUGGCUCGGAUGCUGGAGGGAGGAGAGGACCCACUCUACGUGGCCAGGAGGCUUGUGAGGUUUGCCAGCGAGGACAUAGGUCUGGCAGACCCGUCUGCAUUAACACAAGCAGUUGCUGCCUACCAAGGCUGUCAUUUUAUAGGCAUGCCCGAAUGUGAGGUGCUUCUGGCCCAGUGUGUAGUCUAUUUUGCCAGAGCCCCAAAGUCCAUUGAGGUAUAUAAUGCCUACAACAAUGUCAAGGCCUGCCUGAGGAACCACCAGGACCCUCUGCCGCCGGUCCCCCUGCACCUGAGGAACGCGCCAACCAGGCUGAUGAAGGAUCUGGGCUAUGGCAAAGGCUACAAGUAUAACCCCAUGUACAGCGAGCCUGUGGAUCAGGAGUACCUGCCCGAGGAGUUGAGAGGAGUCGAUUUUUUCAAGCAAAGAUGGUGCUGACUCUCUUAGGCUGUGACAGCAGAAGGAUGCUGCUUUUUUUAGGGAGGGCCAGAAAGAAAGAGUAACUGGAUUGUGAAGUUGGUUGCCCGGCGGAAGUUAAAACAGACCAACAUUUUGUGCUAGAAGUAUAAGAGUUCCGUAGGUGGAGGAGCAGUUACUUCAACUAAAUGUGUAACAUUGAAAUUGUGUUCAUUUGCACUCUGUGCAAUGGUUAUGCUUAUGAAAAUAUCUGGCAGCUUUGUGCAAUGAAUAAAUGUUAUAAGGAAUUAUCUAUUUUGUCAUAGUAUUUAAGUCAUAAUGUCAUUUCAGAAUUCAGUUCUGUAGGAUUUUUUUUUUCUUUAAAAAAUGUAUAUUCUGGGUAGUUUCAAUUGGUAAAAAAAAAAAAUGUAAUUGUGAUUUAAUACUGCAUAGUGUUUUGGGUAUUUUUUUUAUAUGCAAAGGUCUUAUGAGCCAAUAAAACUAUUUCAAAGUA